AUGUCCGAAGUUCAUGCCUCUGGUGGUAUCCGCGACCGGAACAUACUGGUGGAUAGAAUCAAGUCUCCCAGAUUCUGGCUCCGGUUGGCUAUCCAGAAGACCUUCAAGGUCUCGAACGCGAUCGUGAUCAAAAAGAGAGACGAUGUGAAGAAAAUGGAACAAGGGGUCAAAGGAGGUCAUCAGGCUUUACAGGAACUCAUCGCUCUUGUCAACGAGACGAUGGUAUCUUUCCAAAGGGAUUUUCCAGCGUUGGCACAGAGAACCCUAACUCAUAGAAAAGAUGGCAGUGUCACGAAGGAACUCCGUGCAUGGCAAGAGCGAGAACCUGACAAAUUUGACAAGCUAUACGAUGAUGGAGAUGAGAGACCCGAGUCCAAGAAGGAUCGUCUCGAGGAAAAGGAACAGGUUCUCCAGGAGAACAUAAAGGAAUUGGUGGAUGCGAUAAAGCAUUCCUCUAUCUUCGGAGACGGCUCAACGAUCAACGAGACCGAUUGA